AACGAAAGACAUGAAAAUUAAAUGUCAAAAUCAGUUUAAUUGAAAUCAUUUUUUACUAUUUUUUUCAAUAAAUACGUUCAAUAUUAUUCAUGGUGCAAGAUUCGUAUAUAUAUAAUUAUCAACUAUUAAUAACUUUUUCUAGCUGUUCUAAUUCAACCUUUAGACAAAAUGAAGAAAAAAGUUCUUUUGAUGGGCAAAAGCGGAUCUGGGAAAACUAGCAUGAGAUCAAUAAUAUUUGCCAACUAUAUUGCUAGAGACACAAGGAGGCUGGGAGCAACAAUUGAUGUUGAGCAUUCCCAUGUUCGAUUCUUGGGUAAUCUUGUUUUAAAUUUAUGGGAUUGUGGUGGACAAGAGGCCUUCAUGGAGAAUUAUUUUGCAUCACAGCGAGAUAAUAUUUUCAGAAAUGUUGAAGUUUUAAUAUAUGUAUUUGACGUUGAAAGCAGAGAAUUAGAUAAAGACAUGCAUUAUUAUCAAUCUUGCCUGGAAGCCAUAUUGCAGAACUCACCAGAAGCAAGAAUUUUUUGUCUCGUGCACAAAAUGGACUUGGUUGCUGAGGAGCAACGUGAUAUGAUAUUCAGAGAACGAGAAGAAGAUUUAAAGCGAUUAAGUAAACCUCUUGAAUGUACUGCAUUUAGAACUAGUAUUUGGGAUGAAACUUUAUACAGGGCUUGGUCAAGUAUUGUUUAUAUGCUAAUACCUAAUGUAAAAGCGUUAGAAAAUUCCUUGGCACAAUUUGCAAGUAUUGUUGAUGCUGAUGAAGUGCUUUUAUUUGAAAGGGCAACAUUUCUUGUAAUUUCACAUUGCCAAAGAAAGCCUCACAGAGAUGGUCACAGAUUUGAAAAGGUAUCUAACAUAAUUAAGCAAUUUAAAUUGUCCUGUUCCAAACUGGCUGCACAAUUUCAAUCAAUGGAGGUGCGCAACAGUGCAUUUGCUGCAUAUAUAGAUAUUUUUACUAGCAAUACCUAUGUCAUGGUGUGUAUGUCCGAUCCUGCUAUUCCCUCUGAAGCAACACUGAUCAACAUCCGCAAUGCAAGAAAGCAUUUUGAAAAACUUGAAAAAGUCUCAUCCACAACUGUUUCUCACCGUUAGAUUUAUAUUAUAUUGAGUGAAUAACUCUUUUUUAUUAUAUUAUUUU